AUUCGGGAUAGUGGUGAAUUGGCAUCGGCUGUCUGCGUGACGUCACCCUGUCAAAAAAAAAUUAUCAAUUUUCAUCGUGAAGAUUUUUUUUCCUGGAGAGUUUUUCCGCAUUUUCCGCCUAUUUUGAUACACUUUACAAAUGUUAACUAGUGGAGAAUAUUAUUAGAUAGUUAGAUAAAUACAUUUUAGGACAGAGUUCAUGUGUAAAAAUGAUAUUACUCGAAAUCAAUAACAAAAUAGUGGAGGAAACUCUUACAGUGAAAUUCAAAAAUGCUCUCGCUGGGCAGAGACCAGAGUCGAUUGAUGUCAAAGUGGCGGACUUUGAUGGGGUGCUCUUCCACAUUUCCAAUGUGAAUGGAGACAAGACUAAAGUUAGGACGAGUAUAUCGCUCAAGUUCUACAAACAGCUCCAGGAACAUGGAGCCGAUGAGUUACUGCGGCGAGAAUAUGGAGAUUUGCUCACAGACACUGAAGAUGGGUACAAUGUAUCAGUGUUGAUUGAUUUGGAAAAUAUUCCGGAUGAUUGGGAGGCAGUAGCCCAAAGAAUUGGACUGCUCAAGAGAAAUUGCUUUGCUUCGGUGUUCGAGAAGUACUUUGACUUCCAGGAACAAGGGGAAGAGGGUCAGAAACGAGCUGUCAUCAAUUAUCGCAAUGAUGAGACGAUGUAUGUGGAGGCCAAGGCUGAUCGUGUCACUGUCGUCUUCAGCACAAUCUUUCGCGAUGAGGACGAUGUGGUACUGGGUAAAGUGUUCAUGCAGGAACUUCGUGAGGGCCGACGAGCAUCUCAUACGGCACCCCAAGUACUGUUCUCUCAUAGAGAACCACCCUUGGAACUGGCCAAUUCUGAUGCACGUGUAGGAGAUAACAUCGGCUAUGUCACCUUUGUCCUCUUCCCACGACACACAAAUAAAGAGACACGGGAUAAUACGAUAAAUUUGAUACACAUGUUCCGGCACUAUUUGCACUAUCAUAUUAAGUGUUCGAAGGCAUACAUCCACUCGAGAAUGCGAGCUAAAACAACAGAAUUCCUCAAGGUGCUCAACCGAGCUCGUCCUGAGCCAAAAAUUACAGAAAAGAAAACCAUUACUGGUAGAACUUUUGUUAGGAAGGAAUGAUCAUGGGAAUUCAUCUAGUUUCACUAAUAAACUUUGAAAAACAAAAGCAUGUAUGAUAGGGAAGGCAUUUGAUAAAAAAAAGAAAGAAGUUUAGAAAAAAAGAAAUUAAAAAGUUACAAUGAGAAAUUUUGAUGCAGAUAACAGAAAAUGUCGAGUAAUUAGUAAUUUAAAUGAAAUAUUUUUCAUUAAUCUUUAAAAAAAAGGAGAAAAAAAUAAUAGAAUUUCAAUGGACAAAUGCAGAAGAUGAAAUCAUUUUACAUUUUUAGUCACACUGUUCACAACAUUAUUGUAAAAUGUGAUUCUUAAUUUUUAUUUUAAUCCUCAGUUUAUUUUAAAUCAAUAAAAAAAUGUAUAGUUCGGCAAUGGCGAAAUGCUAAUAGACACAGAAUUCCAAUGAUUCAGAUUAUGAUCGUAUUGUAAUGUGAGAAAUUUUCGUGCAUUUUAACGUUUUCAGAAAAUGAUGAAGAGGUGUUUACAUAACUCUUCGGCAUUACUUUACAUUACCGUCACGUUUUUUUCUUCUAAAUUUCUUACUUUCCAAAGAGACUAGGGUUAAAUUUUCUGAAAUAUUUCAUCUACGAAUUAUUUUAGGCCCCGCCCCAUAAAGAGUUGUGAUCAAAUUUGGUUUUACUUUAUAUUUGGUAUUGUUGGUAAGAUUUCGCGGUCCUUUCCUUCCAUAUCAGGUCCUUCAUAUAAAAUUAUUUGAUUAGACUGAUUAGACUAUUCUACACAGUAAAUACGAGUUGAGAUUUCCUUUGUUGGAAUCCAGAAAAUUAAAGGAUAAUCGUUGUAAUUUUCCAAUGUAAAAAGUACUACGAUUAUCAUGUACAACGGGACUAACACGAUAAUCGUGGUAAUAUUUCACAAGAUUAUCGGAGCAGAACAUUAAUUUUUCAACCGAAAGUACAACGAAUACAAUGAUUAUCAUUUGGAAUUUCAACUUUCGAGUUACUUUUACUUGAAUUGAAAUAAUAUUUGCUCGUUUGCACGAUAAUAUUCUUAAAAUUCAAGUUUCAGUUGGAUAUGAACACUAACGCCAAUCAUUGGAAAUAUUACAACGAUAAUAGUUAUAUUACUAUUAUUAUAUUUUCCUUAGUUGAAUUCGUUGAAUUCCAAAAAAAAUCACACGAUAAUCGUUGUAAUUUUUCAAUGUAAAAAGUACUACGAUUAUCGAGUGUAAUGGGAGUAACACGAUUAUACUACUAGUUAUAUUUUCUACGAUUUAUCGUAGCAAAUUGUUCAUUUUUCAAUUUUUUCAAGUAAAACAACUGCAACGAUUAUCAUUUGCUAUUUUAAUUUUCUGGUUGACUAUUACAAUAAUUAUCGUUUUAUUUUCGGGUAUACAAACUGAUCUUUACUCGUCUUUACGAUAAUACACAGUUCUAUGAUAAUCAUUGGAAAUAUUACAACGAUGAUCGUUACACUUCCAUUGCACAGUAAAAAAGAGUUGAAAUUUCCUUAGUUGAAUUCCAAAAAAAUCACGCGAUAAUCGUUGUAAUCUUCCUAUGUAUACAGUACUACGAUUAUUGUGUGUAAUGGAAGUAACACGAUUAUACUACUACACAGUAAAAAAUAAUUACAACGAUUAUAGCGUGUAAUGGGAGAGCAUUGAUAAUUGUAGUAAAUUUGCAACGAUUAUCGUAGUAAGCAAAAUCGAAAAGCAAACAAGUUGAAUUUUCAUAGUUGAAAAGCAAACUAAGUUGAAUUUACCUUCAACAAUUGUACUGAAAUUACACAAAAUAAAAAGAAGAAGAAUGAGUUCAAACGAAAUUAGUUGAAAGUUGAACUUUUUGCUGCGAUAAUUGAUUGAAAAAUUACUACGAAAAUCGAAUUGAUUCUAUUACACGCGAUAAUCGUGGAAAUUUUCAAUCAGUCAGUUAAAUGAAGUUUAUGCCAUUUUGUUGCUUCAUUUUAUUACUAUUAUAGUAAUUAUUACUACUAUUUAUUGUACGUAGGCCAUUACCGAGAGUUUAAUUUUACUAGUUUUGCAAUCUAAAUGAUUCCUUUGUACUUGAAAGUUGAUUUUUUUAGUGGUUUGUAAUUCGAAAUUUCAACUAGUUCAAUUCAACUAAUGGAAUUCAACCUGCCAAUUUCAUCUCGUUUUUACUCUGUAGUUAUAUUUGCUACAAUUUAUUGUAGCAAAUGUUUCAUUUUUUAAUUUUCUGGUUGACUUGUUACAACGAUUAUCGUUUUAUUUUCGUCAAUUUAACUGAUCUUUACUCGUCUUUACGAUAAUCGUUGUAAAAUUUAACUUCAAUUGAAAUAUAAACAGUUCUAUGAUAAUAAUUUAAAAUGUUACAACGAUAAUCGUUAUACUUCCAUUGCGCAGUAAAAAAAAGAGUCGAAAUUUCUUUAGUUGAGUUCCAAAAAAACGCGCGAUAAUCGUUGUAAUUUACUGUUGUAAAAAGUACUACGAUUAAUGUGUGUUUUGGGACUAACACGAUUAUCCCGGUUAUAUUUACAGCUAUUAUCAUUUGAUAUUUCAAUUUUCUGGUUGAUUAUUACAGCGUUUAUUGUUUUAUUUUCGAAAAUUCAACUAGUCUAUACUUGGUUUUACGAUAAUUUUCGUAAAAUUAAAAAUUCAGGUGAAAACUGAACACCGCUACGAUAAUUAUUGAAAAUAUUACAAGGAUAAUCGUUAUAAUUCCAUUGAACAGUAAAACAAGUUGAAAUUUCCGUAGUUCAAUUAAAAAAAAAAAACACAGAAUGACCAUUGUAAUUUACCAUUCUAAAAAUACUACGAUUAUCCUAUGCAAUAGGAGUAAAAUAAUUAAUUAUCUUGUGCAAUAGGAACGAGUGACACGAUUAUAAAUAGUAAUAUUCCCGAAGAUUAUCCAGGCACAAUGUUCAAAUUUUAACUUCUUAGGUGACUAUUACAACUAUUACAACGAUUAUCCUUUUUUUUUUGUUCUUAAUAAUUCAGGUAGAAAAUUUUCACUAAUCUACUCGUUUUUACGGUAAUCUUUGUUAAAUUCAACUUCCGGUGGAGUAGUGAACAAUGCUACGAAAAUCACUGGAAAUAUUACUAGGAUAACAGUUUUAUUAUCAUUACAUACGAUAAUCAUAGUGCUUUUUUACAUGUACUGUUUGUGAAAUCUUUUUGUCGACCCCUUUUAGAAUUUUUUCAAUUAUGAAGUGAAUAUCAAAAAGCCCAGAAAAGCUGUAAUUCAUAUCUAAAUUGGGAAUAUUAAGCAUCAGCAGCGAACUGUUGAAGAACUGAAGUUUUUCAAUAACUGCACAGAAAUAAAUCAGUUUUUUAAGCAGUCCAGGGUUCAAUUGGAGGACUAUUGUUUUCACGAAUCUGCAACCAAUGCAUUUAAGUAACUUUGUGUCAAAUUUGAGUUAUCUUGUAAUAAGGGUUCAGAAGUUAUAAUAAAAUUAAUUCCCGUUUUUCCUAAACAUGGCGAUAAGUGGUUAGUCCACCCUAUAGAAAAUUAUAUAAAUAAUAAUUUAGUACUGUAUUUAUCGUGAAAAUAAUGACGUUUCCAUUUAGAGUAGCGAAAAGUUUCCAUUUGGAGUAGGUUUUGAAUUAGCUUAAUUUACCCUAAAUGUUUGUGAAUUUCCACUAAAAUUAUUUUUUAAAUUACUUUUUCUGUGUAGUGCUCAGCGCACAAUAAUUUUUGUUUUGUAAACAUGUUUUUCACAUUUCAAUGAGAGUGAAUGAAACGUAGAUCUAGUCAUCUCGCUCUCUCUCAUAGGAAAUUAUGAAAACAUGUUUACAAACAAAAGUUAUUGUGUGUUGCCCAUGACGUUAAAAGGGGGCGUUGUCUACGAAAUAUGGGCGGAGCUUAUUUGACAGUUCAGUAUAAAAGAUCUCCAAGUAAGAAAUUUAAAAGAAAAACACAGUUAAAAGGUAAAUGUGUCUGCUCUUUUCUCGUCUAACAAUGUAAGUGAACAAUCGACAACUGAUGAAAAAUAUUCAAUUAAAAAUUUACCUAAUAUGAAAAAAAAGAAACGUAGUAUUAAAUAAGUAUGUUGACUAUUUGUUAAUAUAGAAAUGAGAAAAAAAUACUAUAUAUUCUUAAUAUAAAAGGAAAUGCAAGCGAUAGAAUGGAAAUAAUGAACAGUUUUCUCUAGAAUGCCCCAUUUAUGAUAAUGAAAAACUCAACAAUCACUAAUUCACACCUCCUUAAGCACUUAACUAAGAAAGAAGACAUUUAAUAAAAAAGAUUACUAAAAAAAAAAGAAAAAUGCUACAUUUAGAGGACAAGAUGAAAACAAGUAAAUACUGUAAUAACUAGAAAUUUCUUAUAUUUAGCAGAGGAAGAGGGAGAAGGAGAGAAAUCUAUCGCAAAAAAAUCUGCACAAAAAAAACUGAUGGAUACAAAGUAUAUAAAAGAAAGAAUAUUGACACGGACUAAUAAAUAUAAUUGUAUAAUUUCUUUUUCCCGGAAAGAGAAAAAAAAAAGUGUGAAGUGUGUCAAAGCUGCCAAAAAAUCCCAGAUUAUCUUUAAAAUUUUACAUCAAUUAUGAGAAUAACAUUUAAAAAGAAAAUGAAAAGAUAAAAGAAUUCUAGCGCGAAAUGAUACAAUGUAAUGGAUUAAUGGUAAAAAUUAAAAUGUUUAUUUGAUAUCA